GGGGGGGGGGGGGGGGACAAAAUGCAAGGGUUCGAGAUUCUCAGCUACGAACGUCCGGGUUGGUCCGAUUCCCACGAUCUUGUCUGGCUUUCAAAUCUGCUACGCGUUGUGUUUUCCGUGCUUUUUGUUUUUGUUUUUUUCACAUGAGCGUCGUGUGAAUAUUGUCAGCUUUCCUCAGGCGUAACGUCGUCAACAGAGAUUUGGUACGCAGCGGUUGCUUGAUUUACAAAUUUAAUCGCGUAAUUUAAUUUCAUUGCAUACCAAACAAAAAGCUUCUCAAUCCAUUCCAGCCUCCCAAAAAAAAAAACAAAUAACCCGGUUCGUGUCAUUAAGCCCAAAGUUUCUCUGGCGCGUACUGAAGUGUUGCAUUCGUGUUUUUGUGUGCCUUUAAGGGGCGUGGCCUAAUGACUGACAUCUUUAACUGCAGUGAUGGGAUUAGUUUGGUGCUAGCGUCUGCUCCUUGCGAGUGUUUUCAUUUUGUAAAUAUGUGUUGUCGGUUGACGUGCUCUUUCUUUUUCGUGUUUGUUUUUUGUUUGAAUGUCCGUUUUAGCUCGAGGGAUGCAUUUCUGAAAGCUUUGUCAUCGCCCAAAAUAAAAAGUCAAUAGUCGCUCAAGCGAUGGCUCAUAACUGGAAAAACACUCGUAAGUCAAGGUACGAGCUCGUCACGCUAUCAGAAACUUUACCAGAAACCGACCUAUCUUCUGUUAUUGCGCCAUCUGGUGGCUUUUUGGAGUCAAGGAAACAAUUCGAAGUGAGUUGAACAGCUUCAUUUAGAGCAAAGUAGUCCUUUGGUGCCAUCUACAGGCCCUUUUGUGGCUUUUCGGGGUUGUUUGGCUCUGCGGUGCGGAUUCUUCUUUUGCCAAGACUCGAACACUUUGAGGGUCAGCAAGUGUGAGCUGAGCUGCAGCCUCGCGCCGGAUUGACGGUCAGUGGGAGCAAAUGCAAGAAAUGCAAAGCCGGUCGAUCGUUGGCGACGCUUUUUAAGCCCGACGACGUCACGUUCAGUCAGCACAACCGUUUCCCGGAAAGGCAUCCGACGGACGCCCGCAUCCUCGCACUUCGGCACCCGAAAAUUCACAUCGGCGUGGAUUUACCUUUUAGGGUUUUUUUUUUCCUUUCUUUAGGGGGUUUUUUUCCCCCUUUUUUUUGUGGUGAUUUAUCAAUAACUUGGGGGGGGGGGGGGGUUUAAUAUCUCUAUGUAUACGUGUGUGUGUGUGUAUUUUCUCUCAGUAUCUAACUAACCUCUUAAUCAUUCCAAAGGUACUUUUUAAUGCUUAAUCCAAGACAUUUUGGAUGAUUUCAACUUUGUGAUUCUGUUCCAGGAUGACUUUGGCCACGGAUACAUUGCAAUCAUGUUCGCAGAGCUCAGUUGUAAGGUUGGGGGUUUGAAUCCACUCUCUCGCCAGACGGCCACUAUUGCAGCAAGUGAUAUGAAUUUCAUGACAUUUUUCUGUUUCUUCUCAAGUUAAAAAGAAAGUAAACUAAUUCAUCAGUGCUCAAUGAGCUUCAGCUGGUAAAGCGUCGGCCUCACGGUUCUGAGGUCCCGGGUUGGACACCAUCCCCGUGCCUGCGUGGCUUUUCUCCGGGUGGGCACUCCGGUGUCCUCCCGCAUCCCAAAAACACGCAACAUUAAUUGGACACACUCAAUUAACCGUAGGUGUGAUUGUGAGUGCGACUGUCUGUCUCUAUGUGCCCUGCAAAUCGCUGGCAACCAGUUCAGGGUGUGCCCCGCCUCCUGCCCGUCGACAGCUUGGGAUAGGCUCCGGCGCUCGCCGCCGACCCUGGUCACUCUGUGACGCCUUUUUCCAUCCGGCCAUGAUGUCGGUACAAACCCCUCCCCUCUCCCGCUCUGGCUCCACCCCCUCCAACGUGGGCGCGGCCAACCGCGUCGGCCCCUCGGCCGCGCCCCCCACCUCGCUCAGCCUGCGCUCCUCUUACAACCAGCUGCUCGGGCGGGACGUCAUCAAGGAGUCGGUCGGCACGGACGGCGCAGGUUCGGCCACCUUGCCCAAGAGCCGUCAGAGGUACGCGAUGACCAGCGUGCGCAGCGUGAUGGGCAUCGGCGAUAACUUGUCAUCCAAGAAUCAGACGGCUAGCAGGGGCAGGGGCCUUCCCACCAAGUCCUCAUCCAGUUCCGCCCUCUACUCCUCUUCCUUUUCCUCCUCUUCGGCACUCUCCAACGCGACGAACCCGAAACUGGCCAAGAAUGGAGCCAAUAUGCAGAGACGCGCCGAGAGUCAGCAGCUGGAGCUGAGCAGAGCCAACACCGAGGGCAAAACCCAGGACGACCCCGCCGAUAACUCCAACUGGCCCCAGUUGGAGAAGGACAACUCCCAGCUGCCCCCCUUCCGAAGACGGACAAAGAGCUUCUUGGAGUACCACGACAAGGGCUGGGACCUGGGCUGGGGCAACAAGGAGAACGAGGAAGAGACCGAGCGGCUGUCGUUCCCGGAGAAAGAGCAGGCCAGCCCGGUCAAAGAGAGGGAGAGCCAGAAGGAAGACAAAGAAGAAGAAGAAGAAGAGAGGGAGGAGGAACGGGAAGACCAAAUCCCAAGUGCAAGACAGCCUCUGUUGCCCGUCGUGGUGGAAGCCCCGCUUUGCUCGUCCUCUUCCUCGUCCUCCAACAGCCCCGAGUGGGUCCCCGAAAACCACCAGGCUGCAGCCCACACCAGAGAGCAGCACAGCACCCAAGUUCAGGGAAGUCCCAGAAGUCCCGCGAAGCCUCCUCGGAGCUCCCAGCCCAGAGUCAUCAAGGUGGAACUGCACCCCAACAACGAGAACCAGUUCCUGCAGCAGUACCCGCCGUCCUCCCCGAAGCAGCCGAGGGCCGGCGAGAGGAACGCCCCGACGAGGACCCGGGAAGCGCCCGCCGUGCUCGAUCCCCAACCCGGGCGGGGGCUCCCCAAAGUCACUUUAAGGAUGGAUCUGACUCCUGACACGCCGUCGGAGGACGAAGACUCCAGCUGGACCACUUUGUCCCAGGAGUCGCCUUCUCCGCAGAGUCCACAGGAGACAGAUGUUUGGGGCGAGGCGGACCUGCCCCCGGGCUGGCGGGAGAUCUCGGACUCGUCCGAGGUGUAUUUCUGGCACGUCCCCACCGGGACCACUCAGUACCACCGGCCCGUUGCCUCCGGCGGGGCGGAAAGCAAACCGCAACGAGAGACCCGCGACUCGCUAAAGCCGCCCGACGAGCGCCCCAGCAGUCUCAUCUCGGACAGCUCGGUGGAGGCGGUCCCCUCCCCAAGCUCGGCCUCCCCCAGCCCCUCCGACGACGUCGCGCUCAACAGCGCCACCUGCACCCUCACCGAUCUGAAGGACUAUCCGAUCUAUCCUGACCCCAGCCUGAAGGCCUUCGAAGGGGCCACCCUCCGCUACGCUUCGCUCAAACUCAACCCUGCAGCGCCGCUGGAAACCGUCGACCUCAACAACACUUUCACAGAUCCCGACGCUUUGUCGUUUCCGGUGCGGUCGCUGGGCUGGGUGGAGAUGUCGGAAGAGGACGUCUGCGAGGGCAGGAGCAGCGUGGCCGUCCACCACUGCAUCCGGCAGCUGUCCUACUGCAGGAAGGACAUCCGAGACUCCGCUGGCGUCUGGGGAGAGGGGAAAGGGAUGCUGCUGGUGCUCCGAGGACGGAUGCUGACCCUGGUGGACCCCGAUGAUCAAAGCCUGCUCCACUCUCAGCCCAUCGGCAGCAUCCGCGUGUGGGGAGUCGGCCACGACCACGACAGGGACUUUGCCUACGUGGCGAGGGACAAGAACACGCGGGCGCUCAAGUGUCACGUGUUCCGAUGUGAUACGCCCGCCGCGGCCAUCGCCACAAGUCUUCACGAAAUCUGCUCCAAGAUUAUGGCUGAAAGGAAAAGUGCCAAGGCUGCAGCUGGCAGCUCCUCCCAAACUGGCUCUGAUGUCCCCCUACAAGAAUUUCCAAUGCCAAAGACUGAACUGGUGCAGAAGUUCCACGUGUUCUAUCUGGGCACGACGUCGGUGACUCGGCCCAUAGGCAUGGACAUCAUCAACGGCGCCAUCGACAGCUUGGUGUCGUCCACGGGAAAAGACGACUGGACGCCCGUCGUGCUGAGCAUUGCCGACACCACCCUGGCUGUUAUCAAAGAAAAGCAGGAGGAGGACGAAGACGAAGCCCUGGUGGAGUGCCGCGUGCGGUUCUUGUCCUUCAUGGGAGUCGGGCGGGACGUCCACACGUUCGCCUUCAUCAUGGACACCGGAAACCAGCACUUCCAGUGUCACGUCUUCUGGUGCGACCCCAACGCCGGCUGCGUGUCCGAAGCCGUGCAGGCGGCGUGCGUGUUGCGGUACCAGAAGUGUCUGGUGGCGCGGCCGCCCUCGCAACGCGCCGGCAGCUCGUCCUCGCCCGCCGCCGCCGACUCGGUGAGCCGCCGAGUGAGCACAAGCGUCAAGCGCGGCGUUCAGUCUCUCAUAGACACUCUGAAAGCCAAGAAACAGCCGUCGGAAGUCCCCCAGCAAUGACCCCCCCCCCACCACCACCACCACCACCACCACCACCAACACCAACACCAACACCAACAACCCACCGGUCAGCGCAGCGCCCAAACCGCCGCCCACCGAAACCACUCUCACAUCUCUGCCGCCAUGGUAACCAGUCUCGUAGGUAUGUGUUAGCAAACGCCACUCUGGACGACAAUAUCAAAUAACGACGCCGGAUGUUCGGAAUGGAGAGGAAGGAUCGCGCGUUUGGGGUCUCGUCGCCGCUCCGAACCGCGUCACGGAAUCACUUUAACGUCGGCCCGGCCUCACCGUCUUCAAGUUCGGAACCGGACGGACCGAACGCCUUCCGGGCCCGCUAAAUGCCAUGUGAAUGGCUCCAUGCAGUAAUGAAGGAGGGGAAAGUAGAAAAGCAUUUAUUUCAAAUAAUAAUAAUAAUCGUAAUCCAC